GCCCUAAACCUUCAAAACCUCCUGAAUCUCCCCCUACAUCUCCAUCUUCACAUAAUACACCUCUCCCUACACCUCCACCUUCACAUAAUACACCUCUCCCUACACCUCCACCUUCCAAUAACACGCCUCCCCCUACACCUCCACCUUCCAAUAACACGCCUCCCUCUACACCUUCACCUUCCAAUAAUACGCCUCCCUCUACACCUUCGCCUUUCAAUAACAUGCUUUCUCCUUCCGAUGAUGAUCAUGUCUUUGUUAAUAGUGACGAUUUAUAUGAUUUACUUAAUGAUUUAUAUUCGGAGGGAAUAAAACCUGAUGCUAAUGCUCGUGAUUUAUAUCAGGAUGAAAAAAAUUUCCUUGAACACUUGUUCGAAAAGGAACACUCGCUCUUUAAAUUAAAUAUCCUUACCGCUACUUCAUCAAUGCCAUGUCCAUACGAGAAUACUUUAGGGCAUUAUUGUCACAUGGGAUGUAUUGUGAGACAUAAAAAUGCCUAUUAA